GCCGCAGCCGCCUCGAGCCGACGUCGCCCGCAACCAGCCCCCGCCCCACCCGAGCCGACCCGCGGGGGUUCGCAGCGCGCCGGUCACUUCCUUCCUCCGCCGGGAUGGGCCGCGCGGGACCGAGUGAUCGGCCUCGCGUCCGGCCGGUGAUCCUCAUCUGAUCUGCUGCCUGUGAGCUGCCGACUGCCGGGCCGCGCGAGCCUGGGGAGCCCGGGCAGCGCGGCGAUGACCUGAUCCCGAGCCCGCCAGGGCACCCCCUCCUUCCCUCCUUUCCUCGCUCCCUCUGAGCCUGUGCGGAGACUGGCUCUGUGUGGCGGCCCGGGCGGACCAUGGCCGGGAGCUCCAGUUAAGGGCGUGUGGGCGCCGAGCUGGAGAGGACACCUUCGGCAUCGCUGCCUUUUGAGGGGGCUUAUUUAAACUACUGAGUCAUUCCAGAUUUAGGAUUCCCUAAAUAAUCACCAACUGUGCCGUCUUGUGCCAGAAAGCAAGCGGAAAGAGAAAGAGCGCCCGCUCUUGGGACCCCACGUAUCCCCGGCGCUCGCCUCUCACGGGUUUCUCCCCGAGGGGUGCUUGGCCCUCGAGGAUCUCCCUCCCUCCCUCCCUCCUUCCUUGCCCGUCCCUCCUUCCCUCCCCCCUCCCUCGCCUCCCGCUCUCUUCGCAGCGCUGCCGGCGGGGAGUCGCGCGCACCGCAGCUGGAAACAGCUGCCCCCGCCCCGCGCCCCUACCCCGACUCCGGCUAACCGCUCCCACUUCGCGCCUCUCGGAAUUCCAGAACUCGGGCGGCCAGCCCCUGGAGACCCGCAGCCGGUGCGAUGCAUUCCGUAGACCUUACCCAGCCGGGACUAACCUCCUAAUCUCCAGAACUGCGGGCCGCAGGGAGUUAAAUUGCUGCCUUCCUCUCCUUCUCUCUUGCGGUUGGUGGCUUGUUUUCUAAAGGAACGUUUUAUUCACUUUUUAGUAUUUUCUACCGGGGUCACGCUACCCGCCUCGGUCCAGACUCUGCUUUGUAAACGGGUUUUAUAUGUAUGUAUGUGUAGAUAUACUUUGGACACCUUGCAACGCUUGCGCCUCUCCAACCGGGGCACGGCUUGUUGUUUUGGACAUCCUUCUUCCCCUUCCACUUGGUACUCCGAUCGCAGUGUGACCAAACACCCCACUGCCUCUUGGACGCGGAUCGCCUUGGAAUGCAAGUUUGGGGUGCAAGAGACUAGUUAACAGGAAGGCCUGGGACCGCCCCGCCCCCGCCGCCAGCGGUUGGGAAGUUUACAUCUGGAAUUUCACACAUUUUGUCGCCACUGCCCAGACUCUGACUAACCUUCUGGGCGCCAGGUUUUCGGUACUGCAGCCUCCUCAAAUAUUAGCACUGCCUCCCCGCAUCUGCCCUGUCCCUCCCGGCCGCCGAGGUCCUGCCCUCGCCCCGGCGGAGCGCGAUCCCGAGGGCGCAGUGGAACCCGGGGCCUGGGGCCCGCGCUGAGCAGCUAUGGCUGCGGCGAUAGCCAGCUCCUUGAUCCGGCAGAAGCGACAGGCGAGGGAGUCCAACAGCGACCGGGUAUCGGCCUCCAAGCGCCGCUCCAGCCCCAGCAAAGACGGGCGCUCCCUGUGCGAGAGGCACGUCCUCGGGGUAUUCAGCAAAGUGCGCUUCUGCAGCGGCCGCAAGAGGCCAGUGAGGCGGAGACCAGAACCCCAGCUGAAAGGAAUUGUGACAAGGUUAUUCAGCCAGCAGGGAUAUUUCCUGCAGAUGCACCCAGAUGGUACCAUUGAUGGGACCAAGGACGAAAACAGUGACUACACCCUCUUCAAUCUAAUUCCCGUGGGCCUGCGUGUGGUGGCCAUCCAAGGGGUGAAGGCCAGCCUCUAUGUAGCCAUGAAUGGUGAAGGCUAUCUCUACAGCUCAGAUGUUUUCACUCCAGAAUGCAAAUUUAAAGAAUCUGUGUUUGAAAACUACUACGUGAUCUAUUCUUCCACACUGUACCGUCAGCAAGAAUCAGGCCGAGCGUGGUUUCUGGGACUCAAUAAAGAAGGCCAAAUUAUGAAAGGGAACAGAGUGAAGAAAACCAAGCCCUCAUCACAUUUUGUACCAAAACCUAUUGAAGUGUGUAUGUACAGAGAGCCAUCACUACAUGAAAUUGGAGAAAAACAAGGACGUUCGAGGAAAAGUUCUGGAACACCCACCAUGAACGGAGGCAAAGUCGUGAAUCAAGAUUCAACAUAGCUGAGAACUCUUCCCUUUGUCCCUUUCAUCCUUUCCCUUUCUCCCCCUCCCCUUUACCCAUUUCCUUCCAAUAAAUCCACCCAAGGAGAGGAAAAUAAAAUGGCAACCCAGGACCUAGUGGCUAAGAUUCUGCACUCAAAAUCUUCCUUUGUGUAGGACAAGAAAAUUGAACCAAAGCUUGCCUGUUGCAAUGUGGUAGAAAAUGCACAUGCACCAAGAUUAGCACACAUAAAAGCAAGGGAAAAAAUAAAUCGAGACUCACAAACAUUAAAAUAACUGUGUUGUUAUUAAUAGAGGGCUAAUUGUAAUGAAGACAUGACUAUAAUAAAGAUGAAAUAAAGUUAUUACCUUAAAGAAAAGGGUUUUGGAAAUUGAACUUACAAAUCAAUGUAAUACCCUCAAUAGCUUAAACUCUGGAUAAUGCUGUGAUGUGUGCUUUGUUUUGAAUCUGUGUUUUCUUUGGGCAUUUGGAACUGACACAUAAUUACAUCCUGUUUCCAGGAUUUUUUUUUUUUUACCAUGACAUUGAACAUGUAUGAAUUAUAGAUUCUUCUGAUGCCUGUAAGGUAUUGAGCCAGGAAUCAUUUAACAUUAAGAAAAGUUUAAAAUUUUAUUCUCGAAGUUGUUAUUUAAGAUUAUUUUAUGCAAACGAUAGUCUUCUGUUGAAUCUGAUGGAAUGAGCUGAUUUCAUUCCUUCAUAAAAAGAGUUUCAGAUUCUCCUAGGAGAAUAUCAUAUUUUUAUCAAAGGUAUUAUUCCAGGAUCUCAUUCUUUUUGUCAUUUAGAAAAAAAAAAAUUCUUGUUCUAAGGCUGAAGUAACUUUUGGGAAUUAUUUGUCAUUGCCAUGCCUGAGCAGUGAUGAAUAAGUUACACGGUCUUACCAUUUGGUCUGAUUUUGUACUGUGUGGACACCUUUGAGGGUAUAGAUGUAUGCCUGGCUGAGAGUUUUAUACCAUCUCUUUCAGCAGGAAAGAAGGAAGAGGAGUUUUACAUAAGGAAUUAAGUCCUAGGAAGUUGGUCAGAGCAAAUUGUAUUUGCCUUUGUACCUUACCAGAGUUUUAUGUAUGUAGCAUUUUCCAAAGUCCGCCAAGAGAUUGGGAGGGAUGGCUGUAAAAUUCCAAACUUACUAUCUUGGGAAGCCAGUGCCUUGUUUGUUGCUAUGUAUCUUCAUUUAUAAGUCUAGUUGACAAUAAGUCUGUCUCCUAGAACAUAGAAGGGAACUUGUGAUACAUUGAAUUUACAAGGGGCAUAGGGAAACAAUAUGGAAUUAACAGCUAUGGUUCCGACAGACUCUGGUCGGGUGAGUGGCUUAAAGUAGUCAAAAGGAAAAAAAAAAAUUCAGUGUAAGACUAGGCAAAUGCAUAGUUAGGAAUACUAAAGUACUAGAAAAAUGUUGGGGAAGAAAUGAACGUUAUACAAUUGCCUUGGAAAAAAUAGAUCUACUUAGUCCUACAAAUCAAGAAUGGUGUAGAGACACCCAAAUUAAAACAAAACAAAACAGAAUGUUAAAAAAUGUAUGCAGAUUUAUGGAUAUUAUCAAUGAGAAGAUUUAGCAUGUUACUUCUCCUAUAGCUCUACUGUCCAGCAUGUAUUGUUCCAAAUAUGACUCCCUAAAAUAUAUACACUUUGCAGAAGCUCUAGGCCCUCACUUCAAUGACCUUGCAAUUGGUUGCUGUAUUCUUUCAAAGUCAAUGUACUUUCCCUCAAUCUAGACAAUCAUUAUUCUUCCAUAGUGGUUUGUGUCCUUCACUAAGUAUCCGGUCUGUGUUAUUAGGAAGUUAGCAGAAAAGGAAAUGGAGGAAUUUGCCUAAACAGUUGCAAAGAAUAAAAGUUAUGCAUCUAGGCAAGGAUUUUGAACCACAUUUGCAAGAGAUAUUUGUUUAACCAAAAUAUUUGGAAAGUAACAAAUAAAGACAUUUAAAUUUUUUUAAAAAAGGAAUGUUACUCUUCUAGGAAAAGAAUACCCUUGUGAAAAAUACAAAUCUGGUUGUAUUUCUCCUCACUCUUGAUUCAACUUGAUUAUAAAUGCAUCUGUCACUUCCAGGACCCAACAGAUCCCAAGCACAAAGCCUUAUUUUCUUUGAAAAAAUAAAAAAGAGGCUUCUACAAAAUGGGUCACAGGCUCAUCUAGCAUGAAAUGACUUGAGCUUUUGUGGUAACACACACACACACGCAUACACACACCCCACAAACUUAUCAGUAAUACAAUUGAUAGUUUCACAAAGUGUUACCAAUUACACUGAUGAUUUCAUGACAGAAUAUAUUUAGUCCAGUUAAAUACUAUGAAAAAUAUGAUAGAGAUUUGAAUCUCCAACAAAAUUCUUCCCUCUGUGUCCAUGACCAUCCAUUGUUUAUCAUCUAGACUCACAUUUGUCUUCUUCCUGAUUGCAAUUAAGAAGCAGAUUUCUAACUACUCAAUGUGUAUAUUGUUUUUCUCCAUAUCAUUUAAGCAAAUGUUCACCGCAGUAAAAUGUUUUUGGAAAUUAGCUUUUAUUUUGUCUUAUUUACAGCUAAUUUCAGAGACUAAAUUGGAAACCUCGUGUUUCUUUUACAUAUUAACCUGACAAAAACUGUGGUUUAGAGCACAGGGUGAAUGUUUGCUUAAUUGCUGCUUACUUUUUACGUAUGUAAAACCUUUAAUAGGAAAAGUCAGUAUUCACUGUCUAGGUUUUAAAAAAAUUAUCAAAUAUAAACAUACAAUUGUCCUAUUUACUCCCAAAAAUAUGACCCAGUUUUUAAAUAGUUUGUUUUCCAGGUUAUUCCAAGUAAAAGUAUUCUUUACUUUUUCAUCAUUCUAAUUUCUGGGUCUCAAUUCAUCCAUCACUUAUUCUCCUAUAAGUGAAAUAAGCAUUUUUUCUUUUUUUGAAAUGCAUUGGAAUAUUCUCAGGAAAAAUAUGAUUUUUAGUAAAGCUUUGUAACUGGCUAUGUACAUAUAAGUUAAGACAUGUUUGUUCUAUGAGUCUGUAUUGUAAUGUGUUUUGAAAUCAAUGGGCUUAAGGAUGAAAACAAAGUUUUUGACAAUCUCAUAAAAUAGUGUCCUGGUCAAUAUACCUUAUUUGAUUUUUGAGCUAGAAGUUUGAGGUAUAGAAACAUAAUGGUGCUGAAGUUCCAUUUGCUAAUUCAGAGAAGUUUGUGCUUCAGGAAACUGGAGGACAGCAAGCCAACCUAUUCUUGAUCACAGUAAUAGUUUGGGUUUUGAAUUUUUCAUAUGAAUUUUCAUAGCACAUUUUUAGCCACUAUGAAUUGGCACAAUAAAGAGACAUCAAUUUGUUGCACAUUGUGAUGCCUUAUGGGCCUCUUUCUGAUCCAGAUAGCUUUUUAGAAGAAUUCUUCUAUUUAAGAAAAUGACAGUGCUGUAGGUAGAUAUUAUUUGUAGAUUGGUGGUCCUGUGGUCCUACUAGCAAGAAAUGAGGGAAUUUAGACAAAAGGAAAGCAUGAAGAAUGGUUUAUUGUGUAUUGUUUGAAGGUCCUAGUUAGGGCCACUGUUUCUUGGUGAAGAAGCGUGACUACAUCAACAGUACUUUUUUAAACUUGGACCCGGAAAUAGUAAACCUACGCUUCCACCUUUCAUGGCUUAGUCUACAAGGCCUUGCUCUGAGAAGGUUUUUUCCAUGAUGUUGCUUAAUUUCAUCUGCACAAGGUGAAACACAUUCAAACAUAAAAAUUCCCUGUUCAUUUUAAUAUCAUAAAAGGCUGAGAUUAUUUCUCUGUCAUAAAAUUGUAAAUAGCAUUUUUUAAAAUCAGAAUCACAUUUAAAACAGUGGAUUGUUCUACAAAUAUAUAUGUGUAUAUAUACAUAAGCUUCUGAAAUAGGGAUAUAUUAUAUAGAGUUUUUAUUUGAUUUGUGGUCUUUAGUCAUAGGUAAUCAAACAAUAAAGAGA